AUGCCGCAAAAGACAGACCACUGGCGUGAUCGCCCACUCGCGGGCCAGAGCGGCAGCACCGCUGCUGCCUUUGCCUUCGCAAUCGAGUCCCCCGAAGAUGCUCAGCCACCGCCGCCCAGUAACGAACCAUCCGUCAACUCUGGACCAAACGAGCCUUUCACCAUGCCGGAUGCAAGUGAUCAAUCCCCUACGAUCGCCAAACCCGCCAGCAAUAAUGGUAUUGAGAGCCCUCUUGUCACGACAGGCACAGUCCAGGACGAGCUUGACCAGCUGGAGAGCGAGGUGAUCCACUACAUGAACAUCUCGCUGGAGGAGAAGGAGAAGUCGGAUGCUCUGACCGGGCGCCUCGAAUCAGUCACGCAAGAGAAGAAGGACCUCGAGCGCCAGGUCGACGACCUCGAUGAACAACUCAGCCGGGAUGUUUUGCUCGACCAAGAGGACGGUGCCUCCGCCACUGAGGCUGGAAGUACAAUUUCCAGAGUGAGCGACAAGAUUGCCAAGCUGAGGAGUUCAGCUCAGGCCUUGCAGAAAGACUUCAAUGAUCUCAACAUGAUUAGCGACCGACGUGCCGACCAAAUUGCCGAGCUACAAGAACAGCUCCACAACAAGAAACAGCAGCUCGUCCAGAAGACCCAGGAGGAAGACCGCUUGCGCAGGGAGCUUGCGUCGGCGGAGGAGACUCUCAAGUCUGAAAAGAAGAACUAUAACAAACUCCUGGGCAGCCAGAAGGCACUUGAGCUGCGGUCCAAUGGGCUCCGAGCUUGGGGAGACAAUAUCAAUCAGAAAUUGGCAGAAUCUGAGCAGACCAGAGAGACUCUCAGCGGCCUGCUCAACCAGAAGGCCACUGAGCUUCAGAACGUCCGUAAGGGAGCAGCUGCUCAUGCUCAGAACUUGCAGCAAUUUCUCGACCACAAGCAGGAAGAAAUUAAGAACCUGCGCGCCUAUCAAAAGGAUCUGCUCGAGCAACACACCACCGAGCGUGAAAACACCCAACAGGCAGGAGUUGUUCAGAUCCAGAAAUUGCAAAAAUUGCUCUUGAGCAAGCAGGAAGAGGUCAAGAGCCUCAAGGCCACUCAGAGGGAUCUUGUGGUCAGGUGCGAACAGGCCGAGGCCGUUGCUCUGCAAUAUUCUCAGACCAUUUCCCAACUACAGGCUCAGCUCGCUUCUCAACCGGAACCGCAGCCUGUUUCACCAUACCAGUGCGAGCCCGCUGCCCAACAGCAGGACCUACUCAGGCGCAUCGAGGAUCUCACCACGGCACUUGUGCGCAACCAGAAGCGCCGCAUGCGCGUCGUGGGCAUCGGCAUUGACCUCAGCGGCAGUGCGGCCGGCAGUCUCGAGGGAGGCAUCAAGCGCGUGUAUGCUCAUCUAAUCGAUACGCUGCAGUCCUCCCCCUGCCAGACCUACGUCAUGACAGUCGUCCACGGCCCCGGCUCCGCGGCGACAGUGACGACGACCUUCGCCGACGACUGGGCCACCCACAAGAGAGCAUUGGAGGGCCGGAGGGCGGACGGGGUGGGAAGGGAUGUCGAGUGUCUUCGCAAGAUCAAAGAGGCUGCCGUGGAGGCGGGGGCGGUCCUUGACCUGCAGGUCGUCCUGAUCGGGGACAACGACACCAACUACGCCGCUCACGAGGGGAUGCAGGAGGUGUGCGCCGACUUCGCGAGGAGCAACCCACCCGUUCAUAUUCACUCGGUCGUGGUGAGCACGGGCACUGCAACGAUGUCCGAAAACUUCGGACUCAAGCUCAGCCCAGAGGCAUGGACUCCGUGGGACUAUGUCACCGCAACUGGAGGCAACCGGGUUCUCUGGUUCCAGAACAACGAACUCCCCGACCUGAGCGAUCUUGUGCACUAA